GUCUAUGCAGUAGCUUCGAAGUUAUGCACAUGUCAACUUUUGCCCAGAAGAAACAAAAAACAGAAAUAGAGGGAACUCGUAAUAUUAAUACUCAUAAGCUCAUAGUUCCACUAAUUAAUCAGAGAAAGAAUGGAAGGCGAAUUGGCUUUCAAGAUUGAAGAAAUCACCAUUAAAGAAAUCCACCAAGCAUUUGCACAAAACAAACUUACAGCAAGAAAGCUGGUUGACUUUUACCUCCACCAAAUUGAAACCCUAAAUCCGCUGCUUCGCGGCAUUAUCGAGGUUAACCCGGACGCUCAGAAUUUAGCUGAUGAGGCUGAUAAAAAGAGAAGAAGCAGUAGCACUAAUCAAGGUGGAAAUUUUUUAGGGAAUUUACAUGGAAUUCCUGUACUUGUUAAGGACACAUUUGGGACAAAAGAUAAGUUGAAUACUACUGCUGGAUCUUAUGCUCUGUUAGGAUCUGAGGUACCACGAGAUGCUGGGGUGGUGGAGAAAUUGAGAGAAGCAGGCGCUAUCAUUUUGGGAAAAGCAAGUCUUAGUGAAUGGUAUAAGUUUCGUUCUCUUAGUGGAGUUCCUAAUGGUUGGUGUGCUCGAUCUGGACAAGGAGUGAAUCCUUAUUGCCCGUCUGGAUCCCCAUGUGGGUCGAGUAGUGGCUGUGCAAUAUCUGUUGCUGCAAAUAUGGCGGCAGUCUCUCUAGGGACUGAGACUCACUGCUCCAUCAUCUGUCCAGCAGAUCACAAUUCAGUUGUAGGGCUGAAACCUACAGUUGGGCUCACAAGUCGGGCUGGGAUCAUACCAAUGACGCCCCUCUGGGACACUAUUGGGCCUAUAUGCAGGAAUGUCACCGAUGCAGUUUACAUGCUUGAUGUAAUUGUUGGAGUGGAUCCAAGAGACGAAGUCACCAGGGAAGCAGCUAAAUAUGUUCCUGAGGGUGGCUAUAAGCAGUUUCUCAGGGAAGAUGGUCUGAAAGGGAAGCGAAUAGGCAUUGUCAGACAUCCAUUUGUGGAAAUGAUACAUGGAGAAAUUGAAAAAUCAGCUUUUGAGCAUCACCUGGAUUUGUUAAGACAACAAGGAGCAACUCUGGUAGACAACCUGAGCAUACCACAUAUUGAAGAGAUUAUGGAUCCAAAUCACAGCGGUGAAGCAUUGGUGAUGAUGGUUGAAUUCAAGACGGCAAUCAAUGCGUACCUGAAAGAGUUGAUCACUUCGCCUGUCAGGUCAUUGGCUGACAUUAUCGCUUUUAAUGAGCGCCACUCUGAGCUGGAGAAACUUACCGAGUAUGACCAACAUACCUUUAUAGCAGCUGAGAAGACUGACGGAUACGGGGAAGAAGAGAAGAAAAUUGUGGAGAAAUUGCAUAAAUUUUCACGAAAUGGAUUUGAGAAAACGAUGAAGGACCACGAGCUAGAUGCAAUGGUCGCACCUGGUUCACGUGCCUCCCCUGUUUUUGCAAUAGGAUGCUACCCCGCAAUAACCGUUCCAGCCGGCUAUGAAAGUGAUGGCAUGCCCUUUGGAAUCUGUUUUGGAGGGUUGAAGGGUACUGAACGAAAGCUAAUCGAAGUUGCCUAUGCUUUUGAACAAUCUAGCAAAGUUCGGCGACCUCCUUCCGUAGUUUAAUGUGAAGGAAGCAAAGAAGCAACUGUUUCACAUUGAUAUUGUUUGCCCUGAAAAAUAGAGAAGAUAUUGAAACGAAGAAAGCGAAGAGCAUCGCUUACUGCUGCAUGUGCAGCUAAUGGUGCAUUGUACCAUGUUAUUAGGCCAUUGGCAAUGUUGAACUAAGGGGUCGUUUGGUAGGAGGUAUAAGAAUAGUGUUGAAUGGGGUGUAUUAACAAUGCUGGUAUUAGUAAUGUUGGCAUUAGUUAUGCUGAGAUUAUAUCUUAUCCACUGUUUGGUUUGGUGUA